UAUAUCUAUUCUAUUCCUCAUAAAAUGACAAUUAAAGAAUUUUUUGUAAAACUUACAACUAGGGAAUUAUCUCCAGAUUGUAAUAUAGAUAUAAUAAAUCCUGAGGCAAUAGAAUGUAUUGAGAUAAGCAAAGUACAGGAUGCGACAGCAACUCAAGUCAGCAUCAAUUGUAAUAUCAUAAAGUUACAACAAAUUCGAAAUCAUGGUGGUGGAUUGUCUACUCAGUCAUAUGCUAAUACACAAGGAAAACAAUUUGUUACUAGUUUGACUGAAAUUAUUUGGUAUAUUGAUAUGCGUGAUCACCAGAAAUUCAAAGAUCGUAGUUAUCACAUACCUGAGCUUUUUCUUGAGUUUUUUGGCUACGCAAAUCCAGAAUCAUAUAAGCAAUCACAAAAAUCCUUUAACGCAAAUGAAUUAUAUUUACAUUCAGCUCAAUUUCUUGAAGGAAAAGUAGCUAAUACUGUGACUGCUAUAGAUGAAUGUAGGCAUGAUCCAAUCGUUCAUCUUGCAACUACAAUAUCUGUGAAUGAUCUUUUAUAUCAGAUUAAGAAAGAAUACCUAUCUGAAAUAGCAAUCCCUAGUACUCAAUGGUUACAGUUACAGUUUUGGCCAAAAAAUCUAACUAGGCUUAGUAGUUUACAGUUUACCAAUGAUAAGCAUCGCUGCAAGGUUGGAGAGCCAGGAUUUCCUGUUGCUGCAGUUGAGAGAGAAAAAAAAGUUGUAGUUAAUAGAAAUACUACAUUUGCAGUUGCUGACUAUGAUUAUACUAAAAUAGGUAUUAUACCAAAUGUAAUAAUGAUAUGUAAUAUACCUGAAUCUAUAAAUGCUGAUUUCUAUGUAGGAAAA